GUUGUGAAGAAGAGUCAAAGAUGGGAGCGUGAGGCGGAUCGGGACGUCAAGUUUUCUGAUCAAAUCGAUACCUAAUUACCUUCGUCUUUUUAGAGAACUAAAACACAGAUUGUAUGAAACCACCGAAAACUUGUGUUUAGUUGAAAUAGUACUUCGUGGUGGCAAAAUGGAGGCCGUUCCCAGGAUGCCGAUGAUUUGGCUGGAGCUGAAGGAAGCGGGAGAGUUUCAGUUCGGUCCCACUGUCAGACAGUACAUUCAAAUAAACUAUGGUGAGAACCCAGAGAACUACAUCGAGGCGAUGAAGAAGCUGGAGCAACUUAGACAGAGUGUGGUAAACAUCCCGAGGGAUUUUGAGGGCUGCAACACUCUUAGAAAAUACUGUGGUCAGCUGCACUUUCUGCAGAGUCGUGUCCCCAUGGCAACCGGCCAGGAGGCUGCAGUGGGUGUGACAUGGACUGAUGCCUUUUCAGGGAGGAAUAUCACACAUGAGGAUAUUAAUUAUGAACAGGCUUGUGUCCUGUAUAACCUGGGUGCAUUGCACUCACUGCUGGGAGCUGUGGAUAACCGCCUAUCUGAGGAGGGGAUGAAAAUGUCCUGUACGCAUUUUCAGUGUUCUGCCGGGGCUUUCACUCACCUCAGAGACCACUUUAAUCACAGCUACAGCUCUGACAUGAGCAGCCAGGCACUCUCAAUCAACAUCAGCCUCAUGCUGGCACAGGCUCAAGAGUGUCUCCUGGAGAAAACUUUACUAGACAACAGAAAGAGUCAUUUAAUAGCAAAGAUUUGUGCUCAGGUGUGUGAUUAUUAUAAGAAUUGUCUGAGGGUGUUGGAUAAUUCUGAAUGUGUGCCAGGAAGGAUUCAGAAAGAGUGGAGAAAGCUCAUCGGCAUGAAGAUCAGCUACUUCAGUGCUAUCACACAUUUACACAUGGGAAAGCAGUCAGAGGAACAGCAGAAAUAUGGAGAAGCAGUCGCUUACUUUCAUUCCUCUCUGGACAAACUUAAUGAGGCAAUUAAGCAGAGCAAGGGCCAACUGGAAUCUGUACAGGAAGCUUUGAAAUUCACAAUGGAUGUGAUUGGUGGAAAAUAUAACUCCGCUAAGAAAGAAAAUGACUUCAUUUACCAUGAGUCUGUGCCUGGUCUGGACACGUUGGCUGCAGUAAAAGGUGCAUCAUUGGUGAAACCCCUGCCUGUGAGCCUAACUGAUCAAAGUGUCACUGGUCCUGACCUCUUCUCUAAACUCGUCCCCAUGGCAACUCAUGAGGCCUCAUCCCUUUACAGUGAGGAGAAGGCGAAGUUACUUAGGGACAUUGUGGCUAAAAUAGAGGAUAAAAACCAAAUCCUUGAGAAAUUUAUGGAGUCUCUAAGCAAUGACUCUGUGUAUAAAAUAGACAUAUUUAAAUGUCUGCCUGAUGCUCUGUUGGAAAAAUGUGCAUUUCUCAGUGUACGACCAGACACUGUCAAAAACCUUGUUCAGGCCAUGCAAGCACUAUCUAAUGUUUACACUGAUGUGGGUUCAUCUCUGGACGAGGCCCGUAGUGCCCUUGAGGAAGAUGAGGCUGGGGAGAAGAGUUUGAUGGAGGUAAUGGGGCAGAAGGGAUUGCCGACGAGGCCUGCAGUCUUUCAGGAUAUUCAAAAAGAGCUGAAGAAAUAUGAGGCUGCUCAUCAGGCAGCCAGCAACACCAACACUGAGCUCCACAAAGCCAUGAACCAGCACAUACCAAACAUACGUCUGUUACAGGGAUCUGUUGAGGAACUCAGAAAGAGCCUGCCCCAGCCAGAACUCAGUCAAGAUGAAAUGUCGUCCCUGCAAAAAAUGAAGACAAUUCUUGGCAAAGUUGAUGAAAUGCGAAAGCAGAGGAUUUCAUUGGAGAGCCAGCUUCGUGACCUUAUUCAUAAAGAUGACAUCACUGGAGUCCUUGUAACCACAGAUCGUGCUGAGAUCAAGACAUUGUUUGCGGAGCAGUUGAAGAAAUAUGAUCAGCUGAAGGUAUAUAUAGAUCAGAACUUGGUUGCCCAAGAUAACAUCCUGAAAGCCUUAACAGAAGCCAAUGUGCAGUACGCCCCUGUCCGCAAGACACUCACGCUCACAGAGCAACAAUGGAACAGCACUGUGCAGGCCCUGAUUGCCUCAUUUGAGGCAUAUGAGGACUUGUUGAAGAAGGCUGAGGAGGGCAGAGACUUUUACCAGGAUCUGGACAAGAAGACCUCCGCUUUGUUGGACAAAACAAAGUCCUAUUGCCAAACCAGAGAGGGGGAGCGAGUUGCCCUGCUGGAAAAGGAGAUUGGAAAAGGGCCACCUCCUAGACCUGCCGCCCGAAAGCCUGUGGUCGGCCAGAAAGUUGUUGGUCAUAUGUCCGGCCCUUCCAGUCUUGAAUCUGUAGGUCCUUCUGUUGCUUCUUUUGAAGAUCUUCCACAAGAACUACGAAGCCUCCCUCCAAAUCUGAAUUCGCCCCGAGGUUCAGUACUUUCCAAUCCUGUUCCUCAUGGUGGAACCCCUGUUAGCUGGCCACAAGGGGCAAGCCCUUUUCCGCCAACUCCGUUUCCAAACCCGCAGUUUCCCACUACAGAUCCAAAACUCAGGCAACAGUUGGCCCACCAUCUCCCACUGGCAACUUAUGGCCAGCCCUCUGCACCCCUGCAAAUCCCUGGGCCACCAACACAGCAGUUCCAGGUAAGACCAGCUGGAGGCAUCACACCUGUCCAUCCUCAGGUUAAUCAAUCAACCUCCCCACAGGUGCCUGCUCAAGGGUACAAUCCAGCUCUCUGGCAGCAAGCUCACGGUGGUCCAAUUGCUGUUACAGGGGGUUAUUCUGUGCCUCCACAAAUGGGACAAAUUCCCCAAAAUUUAAUUAGGCCUGGUUUACCAGGACAACCGCAAGUAUCCUUGCCAAACUCUUUUGGGCAGCAGAUGCCAACUGGCAUGCCUCAGUCUUCCUCUGUCCAGCAGAUCAUACAGGGAGCACCGUGCCAAAGAUUUACAACCCAGCCUAGACAAAGCAUCCCCUCAACCACACCAAGAAGUGCAUUUCCUGGGCAAAUCCUUCCGCCCUUUCCACCUGGGCAAGUCCAGCCUCCAAUGCCAGGCCAAGCACAGCAACAGUCUGGCCUUCCCUCAGGUUACCGACCAGCAUUACUUCCACAUACCCAACCCCAGCUUGGUCCACCAGGCCAACUGACAGUGCCCCAUCCUCAGGGUGCCCUCAUUCCAGGGCAAGCUCAGCCUCAGUCCACUCUUUCCAAUCAGUUCCACCCCGGACAACUUCCACAAAACAGGCCUCAGCCUUACAUGGGUUAUGCUGCCACAUCUUUUCCGUCUUCCCAACCGCAACAAAUUCCUGCGCCCCACCAAGUACAUCCAGGGUCCCAAGUUUUUCCACAUGCACCCUUGAGCCAAAAUUCCCAAGUUCCUUUUGGUCCUUGUCAGCCCCAAAUGCAACCAGGAGCUGUACCACCACAAAGCAGUGUGUAUUCAUUUGCACCAACACACAUGGGCCAACAACCUACGGGCCAACAGAUCAUUCCAUCUCAAUUCAACACCAUGUUUAAUGGACCCGGGGGACAACCCAUGUACAUUUCUGGUCAAAGCCAAAUACUUGGCCCUCAAAAUGUGGCUCACUCAUCAUCUGGACAAGCAGUUGCCCCAGUGAUGGACAAUCCAGUUCCACCUUCACUUGGCAGCACCCUAAUACCGACUCCAUCUCCUGUUCAGGUUUCAUCCCAGAACCAGAUCUCCACUCCUAGACCUGAUCUGCCGUCCUCUUCUUUAGUGAGUCAGAAUUUAGAGCCACAAACCACAUCAAGUGCUGUGUUGACUGACAAGAUAAGUUCUGACUCCACUAUGAGUCUGGAUUCUAUUCAGAACAAGGUGGAUAAUCUCAGCAUUUAGUCCCAAACCGAUUCCCAUACAAACAAAUGUGAAUAUGCAGUCAAUGGUAGUCAGGAUACCAUGUAGACCACAAUUAAAAAUGACAAGUCAACAGGGGGUGCCAAAAAAAGAUGAUCUUGGUGAUUUGGAUCCUUUAUGGCCACAACACAGGAUCUGAUGCCUGAACACACGCUAAUACUUGCUUUUUCUACAUGGCCAGUACUAACACAAAAUUGCACUGUACUCUCUGUACCUGUAAUUACACACUAUGACUUAGCAAAUGUACUACAAGCAAAUAGAAAAAUGCUUUUGCAUUGUAAUUCUAUGCAGUCCUCUAAUAUUGUGUACAGUUUCACUCUAUGUAUUUCUAUUCUUAAAUAGCACUUUAGUUUGCACUGUAGUGAGAAUGAUGACAACAGUGAUGAUGAUGAUGAGUAAGAGGUGAUUAUGGUUUUUUAUGUUAGGAUGUCUUUUCCACUGUUUCAAAAACAUUUUGAUACAAAAUGCUCUUCUAGUUCUUACAUAUAAUUUUCUAAAGUAUAAAUAAAGUUUUAUUUUAGCUCUGUAUACAUAACAUAACAUUUUAAUAAUAAAAAAGGGACAACUGUGUUUUGACCGAAGACUAGCAGCACUGUCUGAUGUGGAGAUGUUGCUUCCGUUUAAAAUUCUAAAUUAAAGUAGUUGAAACUUCAAAUGUGUUUACACGUCUACCUUUAUGGAAAAUUGUUAUCAACUCCACGCAC